CUGUAGACUCGUGUGUAUAUGUUGCAUAAAAAAAAUCUAUCUUUUUGCUAUUUCCACUAGAAAACAUUUUUCCUUCGACAAUAUUAUAGACCUCGAACCCAUAAUACGUCCGAGGGUCUUCUGCAGCAGCAGUGCGCUUAUAAUUUAAAUUACGAAAAUAACUCAUCAAGUGUUAUGCAAGAUGAUAUGAUAUAUUAUAUACUCGAAUAUUGUUGUCUUCUAUUUAUCAAUUAAUCUUUUUAAUUGAAACUCAUCAAAAUGAAAAUCGCAGUAGCGGUGGGAAGUGAUAAUUAUUAGUGUUAUCGAGUUUCUAGUACGUGAGUCUAAUAAUUGGAUAUAGUUAAACAUGCUCAGUUAUGAUUGACCUUUAACAUUACAAUUUACAGCGCUAGGCUUGAAAACAACAGACAAUUAUAGUAUGAAGUCCUCAAGAUUUUUGAACGAGUCUCAGACGGCUCUGGUGAAACAAUCAUGGCCGAUGAUUGUUUCAAAUGGAUUUUGGACUUCGUUUUAUACCAAUCUGUUCGAGAGGAGUCCAUCGUAUCAAUUACAAUUCGAUCGUUUCGCUCAUGUUCCAUUUGAAGAGCUCGAGUCGAACGUUCACUUUUUGGCACACUCUGCCAGGACUGGAUUUGCAUUUAACGCCGCUAUUGAACUGUUGGAAACACCCGACGAGUUACACAAGAUCUUAGUGGAUUUGGGAGAAAAACAUCGCAAAUUUCGUCUCACGGCCAAACAUUUCGAGGUCGUCAAAGACGUACUGACGCGCAUGAUCGAGGACCGAUUGCCGACGACAGACGAACCUGACAGAGUCGCGCUUCUGGCGGAGGCGUGGAAGCCGUGCCUGACCUUGGUGAUCGGAGUGAUCAUGGAUUCCGCGACCGCCACGGUUAAUUAAAUGGCGAUUUGCACGACGAUAUUAAUAAUAGACGUUUGCAGACACGCAUAUACCACGUGAAGUCGUACGCCGCACGUCUUAAACGCCACAAUAAACAGUAUAACACAUCCGCGCACAGUA